UUUAUGUUUAAUCAUUUUUUUGUAAUUCCAUGUCAGCGGCUCUUGUUCAUCCAAGUUAAACUUCAUUGCAUGUAUUUGCACUUCUUAAUGUUCUGAAAUGAAUUCACCUUUUUUAAAGGAUGUUUCAAUCGUUUCCAUUUCUUUAAGUAUUCUGAAUGAAUUCUAAGUGCUGUUUAGGCAGCUUGACUGGUUUCACUCACCAGGCACUUGUUGAUGGUUGUUGCCUCAUGUUGGUUCAAAGGCCAGGUUAGCACUGUAGCUGCCAUGACGUCACACUGUUUAUGUUUGACACUCGCCUUGCCAGUAGCCUGCGCGUGUGUGAUGAAACUUCCUGGUUCAAUGCAUUCUUACAACACAGGAGUAUCCCUCACACCUACAUGCUGUGGGCAACUUUCACCCGGGAAAGGGGAAGUCGAGGAACUAAAUAGCUUUUCCAUUUCCUCAUGCCACCGGUUUUUCCCAGCUGUACCGAUAAAUAGACGACCGAGCAUGGAGGCAAGUCAAAGCGCAGCACAUCCGCUCGAAAGUCGGUCAGUGGGGAAAGGAGACAGACGUACAGGAUGGACAUAAAGCAGAUACUCAUCUUUGGAAUUUUCCUCGUGCCGGUAUUGACGUGCAAGAUGCACCGGUGCUACGAGGACCAUGAACUAAGUGAGGCUGUGGAGAGGAAGCUGAGGAGCCACUACCCGCAGCCCCAGGACCCUGCACCUGCGGCGGCACGUGACUCCCCAGCCGCCUGCCCCGUGGCGCUCUACCAGCAGCAGGCAGCUGAGCAGCUGAGCGGCCGGUCCCUGUCCCCCUGGAGAUACGUAACUGUAACAAAGGAGGAUCACUUUCCUACUACCUACGCCGAGGCUCAGUGCCUGUGUUCAGGAUGCAUCGUCAUCAAGGACAACCCAGGUCAUGACAAGAGACCGCUGCCAGUGGAGAGCUACGACUACAACUCAGUCCCCAUAAAACAGACUAGAGUGUUUCUUAAGAAGGAGCUCUGCAGUGAUGGAAAGAAAUACCAUUUGAAGCCUGUUACUCUAGAAGUAGUUGUUGGCUGUACCUGCGCCAGAGUCAAGACCUCCUCCUAGAUGGGAUCUAUCCAGACAAUGGCAUAAUGUUGUGUUUGUUUUAAAAUGCACCAAGUUCUCUGGAAAUCUAACUCAGGGAUGUUGAGUCGAACGUAUGCCUGUCGGCUGACACCCCUCUAAUUAUUUAUGAGGCUGAAGUCACAUCAGCCUAUUUUCAUUAGCCUAUUUAUUGUCAUAAUGAUGACAUCACAAUUGAUUAAUCUGUAAAGUGUAUGUGUUUUAUCAUUGUGUGUAGGUUGUUAUGGCCCCUGUUUGCUGUUUAGUAUGACUUGUUACAGCUCUGCAUACUGUAGCUAAUGUAGAUGGGUGUUUCCUAAAAUAAUAGCUAUUGUAUAGUUUUUUAAAUGAAUAAUUUAACUGCUAAUAAUAUUUGAAUAAUUAUCUAUUUAUUUGCUUUGUUUUAUGCAUGAGCAUCUGAAGGCUGUAGAAUGCUCAUGAGGGGAUGAAGAAGACUUUAUAUUCAUUAUGUUGGAUAUCUGGAAGGUUUGUCCCAGUGGGACUUUAUAAGUCUUAUAAAGACUGAAAAACCUCAGCUUCUUUGAAGCAAAAUAAAGAAAAAACAUGGAUUUUAAAGAAAACAUAUUCUCUGUGUGGUUCGGUAUUCAAAUCUGACAUAAGGCUGGAUUGCCAUCAAGAUAUAGGUCCAAGGAUUCCAGGUUCACUCAUGAUACUCAUUAAAAUGACAAGCGGAGUACCCCAGGGAUCCAUUCUGGGGCCUCUAAACUUCAACAUUUCCAUGCAUUACAUUUCAUGAUCCCAUAUAAACGCUGAGAAGAACAAAUCAAUGAUUGGAUGUGUCAGAGUUUUCUUCAGUUAAACAAGGAUAAGACUGAAGUAAGUAUUUAUGGAGCCAUGAAGAAUGACUGACAGUCCCCACCCCCAACUAAAUAAGGACAUCAAAACACACACUCAUAAGAUAAUGAAUAACAUAAUAACUCAUUAUUAUUUCCGUUGUGGUUGUUGACCCAUACCAAAGUAACUAGGCAUCAUCAUCAUCAUGUCAUCAACAAAAUCACCAUGUCAAAAAUCCAUGACACGGGAAAACUUCCCAUUAGUUAUGAUUUGACCUUCAAUUAUAAAAUGUAUCUAUAUUUAGUAUUUUACAUCCACAAAUGGUAAGACACUGUACACACACCAUCAUUAAUAACAGUUAAUUCAAAUUUAGUCAAUAGUUAUUUCACUUUUAAAAACAAUGAAAUGCUUCAAAUAACCACCACCAAAGCACGUGUUUAUUGUUGUAAUUAAUAAAACUGUUAAUAUAUAUUGUAACACUCAUCUAGGUCAUUACAAAGGUGCAUCUGAUGUUUAUGAAUCUCAAUUGCUUAGCAAAUCAUUAAUACGUAUUUAAUUCUAUGUGUCAGUCAAGUAACUUAUUAACUAAUGUUUAAUUUACUAUGUACUACUAACUAUAAUUUAUUCAUGAUGAUGAGCAUAUGAGUGUAGCCAAUUUUCCUAACUGGGUUGUAUACAUACAACAUUCAGAAGGU